GGUAGCGCCGCCACCACAGGGCCUGCGGACCGAGAGAUGGAACGUAUGGAGGUGGAUCAGUGCGCAGGCGCAGCUGGCGGAACGGGAGGCGGGUCUCUCCGCAGGUCGAACAGCGCCCCCAUGAUCACGGGUGUCAGUGACGGGAUGACAGUCUUCAGUCCUGUGUCCUCAGCUCGAUACAGACGCAGUAGCGUGUCCACCAACCCUAGCUGCCCGUCACAGUUUCUUCCCCUCUCUCCGUUUUCUCUGACCGGAGACAGACUUGAGCACAAAAGACAGGAGGAGAGCAUGGAGAUGCCGCUCAGAGGGGGUCUGCAGAGAUUCAAUGCUUCCAGUCUGAUCUCAGUUCCUCCAGUCAGCCAGUGGCAUGACCACUCGCCAGUGUGGUUUCAGUCGCAGGACAGCGGUGUUACUCCAAACUCUUCCCCAAGUCCCACCAGACGGUUUCGACCAGCAGUCAGUGCCACAGUGAGGUGGCCUGCGUUAACUCCACUGAAGAGGAAAGGUAAUCCCAGUUAUGUGAACAUUCACCUGAUUCUGUUAUUUGACACAGGUGGAGUGGAGUCUGACGGGCCCCCUAAGAAGCUCUUUGUUGCAGGUGUGACGGACCCCACUCAUGGCAGCAGCUACACUGUCAGUGUCUCUCAGUCGGUGGCAGACUCUCCUUCUGCAGGAGGCGUCAGUCCUCAGACUGCCCCUCUGUCUGUUUCUCCUCCCCCAUCCUUCACCUCCCACCAGCUCCCCAGACACUAAACCUCUCCUCAGUCAGACCCCUGACCUUGUCACUGUGGGCCACGCACCACCAGCAGCUCCAGAGACUCCUGGAGAAACAGCGACCUUCAUCGCACCUUACUGUGCUCCAGUCAUCUGCCAGCACUCACUGUAAGUCCCACUGCUUCCAUUUGACAGACAGAAUAUCCACGAAUAAUUAAGGCCUGGACUGUGAGGUUUCUUAGCUUGAGCUCAGUCUGGUUCGCUGCUCUCCGAGUGCCUUUACUGUCACACAAUCAAAAUCAACUGAUGGUGUUGGUUUGGGUGGAUCACUGAAUAUCUGAGAUCACUUUUCAGUUGUUCCACGUCAGUGGAUGUUGGAUUAUAUUUGGACAAACUCAAUCCUCCUCAAAUUAAACAGAAAAAGGAAGAAUCGUCCUUGUUGCGGUAUCUUCGGGCAGACCAGCUCAAGCCAUAGUGAUUUCAGCAUCAUGCCAUCAACUAAUGUCUCAAGCAUCUUCCUCCACAUUUGCUCUGUGGACUCUAACGGAGCUUGAAGUGUGUUGAAGCUCAUGUUUCUGCUUCUUGGACAGAUGAAACGUUCUGGCCACUAUUCCAGGUCCAGUCUGUAGAUAUGAUCUUCCCUUUUUAAAGAGGUCACCUCAGCAUCCAGACAAGCUUUGCAGGAACUAAACCAAACCAAGAAGCUUCAUCUUUUAUGAGGAAGAUUAUUUUGGGUUCAUUCAGAUGAAAGCAUGACUGAUGUCUAUAAACUAGGCUGCACCUUUUAUUUCCACCAUUAAACCUCCUGACAAAGAUGAACUUAGUAUUGAUCGAUUAAAUUAUAAAGUCAUAAACGCAAAACCUAUGAGAAGCCACAGACCAGCCAAGUCUGGGUCUAAGUGAAGCAAAGUGAAGUUUGAAGCUCAGAUGCUUCUUUUAGUUGGUGCCUACUUGACAAAAGGCAGCGACAUGUUCACUCAGUUACUGAGUAGAGCGAUUCUCUGCAGGACGAGGGUUUAACAGCUUCAGCCUGAACAGUCUAAAGGCCUCCGCUGGUGUUUAUAGUGUAUCUACGUGUGAAUAUGAAUAGAGCAGCUCAUGCUCAGUCCUCUCUAGCCUGCAGGCUCUGAUUGUAUAUAUUAAGGAAGCUCCUGCACUCUUCUCUUUUCAAGCUGCAUUUACGCGUUACCUUUUGAUUUGCAUUUUCUUCUGUUGUACUUGAAACCUUCAUGGAGGCAACAGCAGCAGAGGGAGUCUAAAACCACAGAGCUGAACUGUCGCUCAACAAUAAAAUGAAUAUCAACAUAUCGCCCAGAGUCCAAGUUGGAGGUCUUCAUCCUAAUGUUUUAUUAGGAAACGAUUUCAUCGCAUGGAUUCUUUAAACUUCACGGAAGCUGUGGCUGGAGGCUGAUGGAUCCAGAGACAAGCUGCAGCUCUGCGUCCAACUUUUGCACUUUUACCAUCUUGUAUUGUCACAAAUUAUUGUGCCUAAAGGUGUGGUCACAUUUUGGAGGAGCAACCGUCAGAGCUGAGUUUUCCCAUUUUGAAUCUGACCUGUCACAUGUGAGGUAUUUCUGUACAUAAAGUCUGUAUAAGCUGUUUCAAUACAAGUGUCUUUAUUCCCCAAACCAUGAAAGCCAAACCGUGAAUGAGCUGCUCAUUCAGUUUAUCACAAACGUUCCAAAUAUAUUUUUGUUUUCCGUUAUCAUGACUUUGCACAAAACUAGUUAAACCAUUAAAGUGUUAAAAUGAGAAAGUGAUAAAAUGUCAUACUGUAAAAAUGCUGUUAACUUUUGCUGCUGCUUCUGUUUUUCUACUUUACUUCUUGAUUUGUUGCCGUUUAAAGUCUGUCCUGAUUCCAUCGCUCACUUUCAUAACCGAAAACAAUCAAGCCUGUUGGAAUAUUUAUGCAGUGUUAAAGAAAAAGUUAUUACCAAAAACUUUGAGGGACAUUUAACUGUGAGGUGAAGCUAACAUGUGUUUCAUGCAACAUUAGUAUCACAGAACCGUGUUUUCAGGUUAUGUACCGACGUGGGCAACUUUUGGUUUCAUUCCCCGCCACAGUUACUGACGGUAGCUUAAAUACUAACUCUGAACAUAGAGGAUAUUUUUACAGAACAAUUUCCUGACCAAUAUUAAACAGGACAGACUCAGCAGUAACAACAUGCUGCCAAACUCAAUCAGUAGCUGUACAAGCACAAACUGUAGCUUUAAGGAUAAUUCCUGUUAUUUUUAGUCAUGUUUGCACUCUCCAUCCUAUAUUGUUGGUAGCAAGGGAAGAAAAAAAACAUUUGAAAUAUAGCUGAAUUCAUGUGUGUUGAGGACACAGAUUGUUGUAAGCCAAAUAUUCUAUAUUGCAGUGUACAAGUUGUGAGAAUGAACAGAAGUAGAACCGUGUGGAUUCCUGUUCUCUGUGAUCAAAGGUUUAACGUCUUUGUUUCUUGUUACCUUUAGUGACAGGAUUUAAAAACCAGCUGGAACAGAACAGUAUUUUAAUAACUCAAAGAAGUAACUGCAGCAGUUUAGUGUCUUCUGUUGUUAGAUUCCAGAGCCACAAAAAUACCAGCGUCCACUGAAGCCGAUGGCAAAAAAUAGUGAAUGUGUGCUUGACUGACAAACAUUCAUGAACAUUGUUCUCCUUUACCUAGAAAUGUGAUUCUCCAAAAUUUAUUAAAUUAUAAAUUCAAAAAACAACAUUCAAAUUUAGUAAAAUCCCAUAGUCCGUACCACGUAAAGGAGGCUCUUUGGAAUUCAAUUCUUUUGACGUCCUCCGACUUUCUGUUGGUCGACAUUUUUAUGUCUUAUUUUAAUUUUAUUUUGGUUUUGGUUUUCUUCACCUGAUGCCGUUGAGACUUAAUAAGGUUGAUUUUCCAGCACUAGAUGCUGAACAUGACCCUUGUGAGAUCUGUUCUUCCAGACCAAAAGGUAGUGUGGAUGUAACCAACACCAGCAGCUUUGUCCCAGUCACAGUGAAAAUGUUCCAGUGACAUGGGAACAGCAGUGAUGAUCUCCUUGAUUGAGAUUCAACUUUAAAAGUGUCCAUUUCUAAAAGGAAGGAAAAGCACACAUAGAAAAGCAUCCUCAAGUGUAAAUAGGUUGUCUGUUUCCCUGCAUCAGACAAACAAGAUGAUGUAUUUUUAUGCAAAUGGAAAGGGAUAUAUUUAAGUGUUGAUUCCCUUCUGAUAAAAUGACUUUGGUUUUUAGUGGAAACGAUCCAUGUAGACUAUAAAGAAGUAUAUUGUAUAUUACAGCUAUCAAUAAAAGAAAAUAUUUACCGCA